ACACCCAUAUCAGCAAUUAUCAGCGACAGUAACUAUCUCCAGAUACACCGGCGGGGAGAGGAAUCCUGCAGCCGUCCCGGAGCACAAAAACAACUUUGGGUUCAUUUAUCUCCGAUCGGUGCGCGCAACUUUGAGCAGUAAAACAAGAGAUACUUGGAGACGCUCCCUCGUCGCCUCUGUGUGUGCGGAGUGACAAAGUUUGCCCGCUGCGCUCCUCCACUGAGGUUUGGACGGCUGAAGGACCGGACUGCUUUAUCACCCGACCGUCCUUAUCUGGACGGGAAUCUCCACAAGAAUUUCAUUAAGUUCAAAAGGCACAGGGAAAUCCUCCGGGAGAGGGUGGGAGAGCCUUUCCGCGGACAGUCUCACCUGCACAGGACUGAGAGCAGCCUAACACACCGGCCCUGUAGUCUCCAUCCUCCGGACGGGACGUAAAAGUUGUGAAAAUGUAUCAAAGCCUGGCCUUGUCCUCCAACCAAUCCCCUUACUCGCAUGACACCGGGAAUUACAUCCACCCCUCGGCCAGCUCUCCGGUCUACGUCCCCACCACCAGAGUCCCAGCCAUGCUGCCCACCCUGCCCUAUCUGCAGACCUGCGACUCGUCCCACCAGUCUCACGGCCUCGGCGGGCACCACGGCUGGCCCCAGACCGGCACGGACGGCUCCUCCUUCACGCCCAGCAGCCCUCACCCUCCGCACGGCUUCUCCUACUCGCACAGCCCGCCCGUCAGCAGCAACACCGGCCGGGACGCGACCUACCAGAGCCCGCUGGUUCUCGGAAACGGCGCCCGGGCGGAUCAGUACGGAGGCGCUCUGGUGCGCUCGGUCGGAGGCUCCUAUUCCAGCCCCUAUGCGUACAUGAGCCCGGAGAUGGCAACGUCCUCCUGGACGCCGGGACCCUUCGAGAGCGGAGUGAUCAGUCUGCAGGGACGGCAUGGAGGACUGUCUGGGAGAAGGUCCAGUCUGGAGCUGAUGGACGAGAUGUGCACGGAGGGCAGGGAGUGCGUCAACUGCGGCUCCGUGUCCACGCCGCUGUGGCGCAGGGACGGCACCGGGCACUACCUGUGCAACGCCUGCGGCCUUUACCACAAGAUGAACGGCAUCAACAGGCCGCUCAUCAAACCGCAGAAGCGGCUGCAGACCACAUCUCGUCGGGCCGGCCUUUGCUGCACUAACUGCCACACCAGCACCACCACACUGUGGAGGCGCAACGCUGAGGGAGAACCUGUGUGUAACGCCUGUGGCCUCUACAUGAAGCUGCACGGGGUGCCCAGACCUCUGGCCAUGAAGAAAGAGAGCAUUCAGACCAGGAAGCGCAAACCCAAGAUGCCCAAGAAUAAAACAUCCACAGGAUCCACCACCUCUGACACCAGCUCCCCAACCUCCCUCUCAGUCUCAGAACACGCCUCCACCAUUAAGAGCGAACCCAGCAUGGCCCCUUCACCCUACCCUGGACAGACUGUCACAUCUGCUCAGACGGCUUCUCAGUUAGACAGCAUAGGAUCGGGACACGUGGACAUUAAAUAUGAGGAUUAUCCCUUUACCCCGACCUCCAUGGCCUCACAGAACUCCUGGUGCGCUCUGUCUCAAGCGUGAGCAACCUCGACCAACAAGACUGCCAUAGUGACGCCACACAACUCCCUCUUGCUUCGUCAUGGAGGCCAUCUUUCCAUCCUGCAACUAUUCCUCAUGACUCUGGAGCUGUGGAGAAGCAAUGUUGUAUAAACAUUACAUUGGGUUGGGUUGCAGUAUCUGAUGGCUACAUGUGAUGCCAUAUUACAUACUGUAGCCCACUGGCUCUGUAACUGACAGGCUCGACACUCAGCUCACCUGGACCAUACUUUAGCCUACCAAGGGCACAGGGACUGCAGUUUUACAAAAGGAUGACUGUACAUUAUCCACAGCACACCGACUCGACAGCUCAGCCAGAGCAGAGAACACAGCUGAACCAGGACUAAACACUGACCCUGGCUCUCCUGAACUCACAUCCAACAAGCCACAUUUCCCCAGCGGGACGACGAGAACUACCUAUUACUAAAAGAAAUCUAUUUUUAACACUACACCAAAUACACCAAUGCAAAGACAAUCAAGUGGAAUGUAAAAAGACAUGGAUACACUAGCCCCCUUUUUUAAAGCUGAUAUCUGAUAGUUUCAUUACAUUUCUGUUGCUGUCGCUGGUGUUUGUCUGUAUCACCCUCAUUGCCUUCUGUGUUCAAGAACAGUUUCAACGCAUUAUUCUCAUCGCAGGAAGAAAAACGGAAAAUGGACAGAAAAUACCCUUUUUAUGGCUGUUCAACAUGUCUCAUUACCAAUGUGUAGAUGAUUAACUUUUAUAGGCACAUUAUUUAUGUUGAGAUAAGGACAGUUAAAAGUCAUAGUGGACACUAAAACCAGCCAGUUAUAGCCCGCUGCUCACUGUUGUAGAAUGGCUGGUGUGCUGUACGGCCUGCUUAGAUUAUAUGAGUGAUUUGUUUUUACAAGAUACAGCACAUAUAAACUGCAUCUUGUACAAUUCAUUUGAAAAUCAGGACCAGCUAUUUUGAUUCUGACAUUAUGACAACAUAUCAGAAGUCAUGUCAUUUUUAAUAUUUGACUUUAAUGAAAGUGCAAUGACUCAAUUUUUCAUUUCAAAAACAAAGUGUGAAAUUAUUCUAAACAUAAUUAUCAAAUUUUAUUGUCUGUAUUUUGUCAAUAUGUAAGGGAAUUUUAUUGUUAUAAUGUUUUAAAGAACUCUCUCUCUCUCUCUCUCUCUGUUUCCUUUCUUUUUUUCGAUGCUCUUUGGAAUCUGUUCAGGUUAAUAAACUUAUUCACAUUUUAUUAUUUGA